GGUCAUGCCGGCGAUUGCAUUUCGCAAUCCGAUAGCGAGAGUGAUUCUGCUGAUUCGUGGCAUUGCCAAGUACGAUAUGUUGCAGUUCUUUCGUAGCGCAUGGACACGAUUUAAGAUGUUGGACAUUCUUAUACUGAGUCGCAUCGACUAUCGUACGUUGCUGGUGUGUCUGUUCAAUCCAUAUCUGACCAGUCGGGAUGAAUUGUUGGACGAGCGGAAUAUGUUCUGCUACCAACUAAGAACGAUGGACGAUGUGCACGUGUUUAAUAGGGAAGUGCAACGGUUUACCAGCGAGCGUAUUACCAACCUUCACCAGUACCCGCUGACGAUAGCGAUCACGGAUGUUGAGCUGAUGUCGAAGGCGGUUUACUUUGCGAAUGGGACGAUUCGUCGCUAUCAAUAUCUCGAUGGUGAAAUUGUGGAAAUUAUGCGAGAACGAAUGAAUUUUACAAUUAAUUACAAUCAACUCAACUAUCAAGAGUCGGUCGGCUUCAUCUCCUCGAACGGCAGCUUAGGUGGAACGUUGCAGAUGUUGGAACACAACACGAUCGAUCUGGCAGCGAACUCACGCUCGAUCAUACAGCAUCCGAUGCGCAACUUGCAGUAUGUCCAUUUUCUUUGCCCGAUCCAGCUGAUAUUCGUGGUGCCGAUGAACUAUUUUCGCGAUCGUUACAAGGUUGUGUUUUUCCAUUCCUUUUCACUGCAAAUGUACUCAACAAAUUUGGCGCUGGCCUUGUUACUGCCAUUACUGUUGCUGGUGCUGAUGCGUCGUGAGUUUUCAUUAGCUGCCUACACGAAGGAAACGUUUCGCAUUCUUGCAAUUGUGUUUUCGUCCAGUGUUCGUUUACCGCGCGAAAAUCGACACCGGUUAGUGCUGAUGGGACUGAUGUUUUACAGCAUAGUGGCUUAUUCGGCCUGGCAAGGUAUUACCAUCAUUCAGCUAAAUAUGGACGAUGAAAAGCUGCGCAAUAUACAGACGCUGGAUGAGCUGAUUAACACAAAGCUGAAUCUGAAAGCUAUCGUGUCCUUUGGUAAUGCGAUACGAGGUAAAGUUUGGAACAGUAGUGAUGUACGGGGGCGUAUAGCAGCCAAGCUCGAUAUACAGUGGACACCGUCGAACAUAAGUCUUAUCUACGAAGUGGCAGAUAAUCGAACGUCCGCCGUACCUAUCAUCGAGUAUUUCAUUGAGGUGGUUAGGUCUCGAUACUUCGAUCAGGUACGCAAACAGAGCAAACUGUACUUCGUUCGGCAACCGUUCAUCGAGUAUUUGACGGCAAUGGCACUGCCAAAGAACUCACCACUUUUCCCCACGAUACGACGCUUGACGAUGUACUGUCUCGAGAAUGGGGUAGUGAAUCAUCAGCUAUCGCUCAUCAGGCAGAAGGGUGUACUGUUGCAGAUUGCAGAGAAUCGGAAUAAAACUUUGCGCGACGAACCUCCGGCUCGGAGGGUAAAUUUGUUUAAUAUGCGAAUCGUGUUUUUCGUUUAUUUGCUAUUGAACGGAGUGGCUAUUCUGGUGUUCUUAGCUGAAAUAGGUUAUUAUCGUUAUCGUCAAAAGCAAACAACGAUACACAAGAGACAAAUGCGGGUACGAGUACGACGAUCAUCCACCGUAUGGCCGUACAUAGAGUGAUCGAAAUAGCUUGGAAAAUGUAAUGUAAAUAUUUGGGAAACGUGGACUCCUUUUCAGUUUUGAAAACGAUGUUUUUAGAGCAAAAGCUCAGUUAGAAAUUCGUUCAAAAGCCUUUUUUAUAUGCUUUUAAAUGCUUAGUAUACUAUGUUUUAUAAAUGUAUUGAUUUAAAAGGAAAAUAAAAAUUAAAGCAACGUCAACCGUCAUUGCUAUCAUUUAUUAUGAAAAGAAACAAAAAGUAUUGGGCGUCUCCAUUAUACUGGGCGCCUCCAUUCAAGGAGCACACAUCAUGCUUAAAAGAAUUGAUUUAAAAGAAAAAUAUUGAAAAUUUAAAUUUUCUAAAUUUAUAAAUUUUAAAUAAAAGUUAAUGCAAUGUCAACAAUAUCAUUGUAUUCGUUAUGAAUUUAUGAAAUAAAACAAAAAGUACUGGGCGUCUCCAUUAUACUGGGAGCCUCCAUUCCCAAGGAACACAUAUUUUGCUUAAAAGAAUUGAUUUAAAAAGAAGAUAUUGAAAUUUUAAAUUUUCUAAAUUUAUAAAUUUUAAAUAAAAGUUAACGCAACGUCAACCAUAACUGUCUUCGUUAUGAAUUUAUGAAAUAAAACAAAAAGUACUGGGCGUCUCCAUU